CAGUUAGUGCUGAAGUUGAAAUAGAAGUCAUUCCAAUGGGUGUUAACGGACAUGAAAUAUCAAAUGCUCUUAGGAGUACCCCAGCAUUGGUUGUAGAUGAGGCUAUGCUGGAAAAGAUACUGGGGCCUCCUAGGUUUGAUGACGAAGAAACUGCAAAACAUAUGGCAACUCCUGGAGUAUCAGUUGGGCUUGUCUGGACCUCCUUUGGUGGAGAUGUCCAGUUCGUUGAGGCCACAUCAAUGGUGGGAAAGGGUGAUUUGCAUCUCACUGGCCAACUUGGUGAUGUUAUCAAAGAAUCUACUCAAAUAGCUCUAACAUGGAAAACCAACCAAAAGCCACCAACUCAGGGUGGAUCUGGGAACUUCCAAAUGUACUGGAUCAGAUCCUUGUGAGAUUGCAGCUGGGGAUCAUGAAGCAUCAGGUAGAAGAAUCUCACUGUAUAAGCUCCAGUCUUACUAGAUUUCCAUACCCUUCUAUCCCUAUAUGAGGUGAGAUGUUUGUGAUCGUGCAGCAUUUCCAUCAACCUAACAUGUUCCGUAAAUCUCCUGAUUGAGGAGAUCCCUCUGAAUGUAGCAUUUCCAUGGUUGAUUUUACAUAAAACAGAGAAUAGAUCAUACAUUUUAAUUUUAAUGUAAAUUACUACUUAAUCCACUAUAAGAUUGUAAACCAUAAUUUUGUGUUGUAAAAAAAUGAUUCAUAUCAUAAAUGACCCAUAAUCCGGAUUGUGAGAUUUGGAACAGAAAAUGUUUUUGGGGUGGCGAUUUCUCCACUCAAAGAAGACGCACCAUUGCCAAGAUUCCAUUGACCUGACGUUCCAAUAGGUUAAA